AUGUCGAAGCGAGGUAGGGGAGGAUCGGCUGGGAACAAGUUCAGGAUGUCAUUGGGUCUUCCCGUGGCAGCAACUGUGAACUGCGCAGACAACACGGGUGCUAAGAAUCUCUACAUCAUAUCCGUCAAAGGGAUCAAAGGUAGGCUCAAUCGCUUGCCUUCAGCUUGCGUUGGUGACAUGGUCAUAGCCACUGUCAAGAAAGGCAAGCCUGAUUUGCGUAAGAAGGUUCUUCCUGCUGUCAUUGUUCGCCAGCGCAAACCUUGGCGCCGAAAGGACGGUGUUUUCAUGUACUUCGAAGAUAAUGCUGGUGUCAUUGUGAACCCCAAAGGAGAAAUUUGUAAAAUAUUUAACAAUGUAACACUAUUAAGUAGCUCAUUAUUUGUCCAUCUUUGUGGCCUUUCACUGUCUAAUUCCAUGAGCAUUAAUAUUAGUGGUGUGUGGCGGUGGCUGGCUGUGAUGUGA